GCAGUUCUCCAACUGCUGACCAGCCCUGAGGGGAGGAUUGUCAGUGUGAAUGUGGGCAGAGCUGGAUUCUAAUCAUUAAUCCCAGGAGCGCCAUUACCAGACAACAAAGAGGUGAAAAAGUGAAGAACACGGUGCUGGCAUACACAGGACGCCUUACACCUGUCAACAUUCUAAGAACAGCAAGGAAAGAAGGAGAUUAAUACCAAAAUGUACAGCCAGAAGCGCUACGACAGCCCACCAGAUUACAGCCCACCUACGUACCUUCAUCAGAACAGCCAUGGAUCCUAUGGUUAUCCAAUUAAGUCUGCUCAUCCUGAUUCAUUUUACCAAGAGGACAUACCCAUACAGCACUUCUAUAAGUGGAAAUCACCACCUGGCAUUGUCCGAAUACUUCAAGGCAUUAUUGUAUUUUUGUGUUUGGCUGUUUUUGCCUGUGUGGCCUCAACAUUGGCCUGGGAAUAUAACUAUGGAUACAUGGGAGGCAUGGGAGGCAUGGGGGGCUUAGGUGGAUAUGGCUAUGGCGGAUAUGGUUAUGGGGGAUACAUGGGUGGCUAUGGUUAUGGCUAUGGUACGACCAAUCCUCAAGCAGCAAGUGGCUUCAUGAUGGCCAUGUCUGUGUUUACUUUUAUAGCUAACUUGGGACUUUUUAUAGCGAGUGUAACUAAAUCUAGCGGAACAAGGUCACGUAAGUUCUUUAUGAUUAUAUUGGUGCUGAGUGCAGUUUUGGCUACCCUGGAUCUUAUCGCCACCAUCGUGUACAUUGUUGGAGUAAAUCCAAGAGCCCAGAUGAGCGGUGGCAUGUAUUAUAGCCAGAUGAUGACAAUAUGUAACCAAUUCUACACUCCUGCGGCUUCUGGAGUAGGCAUCAUGAAUCAAUAUCUCUACCACUACUGCAUGGUGGAUCCACAGGAGGCUAUUGCUAUAGUGUGUGGCUUUAUUGUGGUCAUUCUGCUCUGUGUCACAUCCUUCUUCUCGCAGAAGACAAGAAGCAAGAUAUGGCGUUACGGAGAGCCUAAUAUUUAUUGGGAGAAACCAUUUGAGCCCUAUCAAGAGGGUCCUAAUGUGGAGGAAUGGGUAAAAAGUGUUCCAGGUGGCCCUAUAGAUGAAACUGCAACUAUGAUCUACUCAGAAAAGUCACAGAAUCCUGUCAAGGCCCUGAGCAAUAGCAGCAUCUACAAGCCACCAAGGCAUGAAUUUGAAGAAAGAGUUAACAGCCCACUUACCAGCAGCCCACCUAUAUCAGUUUCUGAGACCCAGGAGCAAAGCACAAGUAGACCUCCAGUCCGUAGGGGUCGAAGAUGGAGGAGGAAUCCGGAACUUGAUGAGUCACAGUAUGAGACAGAUUAUACAACAGCAUUUGAAUCUGGAGAUGACAGAGAUGAAGAUGAAUGGAGCAGUGUCUAUCCACCCAUCACUUCAGACAUUCAACGGCAGGAGUACAAGCGAGAGUUUGAUUCUGAUCUCAGGAAGUACAAGAAGAUGUGUGCAGAAAUGGACAACAUCAACAACCAACUGCAACAGCUCAGCAAACAGCUGGACAGACUGACAGAUGGCACUGCCCAGUACCAGGGGGUGGCAGAGGAGUACAACAGACUCAAAGACCUUAAAAGAACUCCUGAUUACCAAACAAAGAAGAGUGAAACCAAACAGCUUCGAAACAAACUGUUUCACAUCAAGAGAAUGGUUAAUGCUUAUGACAAAGGAAGGGGCUGAUUAAACAGAGCUCUACAGCAAUGUCAAGGAAAGCCACAAGAGGGCAGCCAACACCACUGGAUUAAAUCUUUCACUGUUAAAGAAAAUAUUUUUUUAAUGAUAAAAUCUGAUCAAUAUACAUUUUGAUAUUACAUUUUCUGAUAUAAAUAGCAGGUUCUUGUUUACAGCCAUAUGGACUACCAAUGCAGUUACUGUUGUAAUUGUUGCUCACUACAGCUUUUUGGAGUCUGUUGCUGAAAUAUGUGACUGCUGUGAGUCUUAAGUGUGUGAGUAUUGCCCCUCUUUAUUUUUGUUCAAUAUACAUGUGUUACUGCAGAUGAAAUAUUUCAGUUCUGUUUUUGUCAACUGUUUCAUUCAAGUUUUUAAUGCAAUAUUGUACUAGUAUCAUUAUGGACACAACUGAAAGAAACCAACCAAAAGACAGAGAGGUUGUGCGUGUGCUGAUCUAGUGCCAAAUGAUUAAAAAUAUGGGAAAAAGUGGGGUGAAGGACUUAAUUAACAAAGAAAAAUGUAUUGCUGCCACGAGGGACCAAAGUAUUUUCAAUAAUUAGCUUGAUGUGGCAGUGGAAGUAGAAUCCAGUAUUUCUAUGAUUAGCCAAGUUUGGCAUUUACCCAUAUGUUUGCUGGGCCGUGUGGGCACAUCUGGUGUAAACAAUUGUCUAAAAAAAGGAUCAUAGGGAGGAAGAAGUAAAGAUGUAUCUCUAUGGCUCAUGUCUCAAAUCUUCUGUGUUAGUGCCAAUGUCAUAGUAGCCACUUAGGGUUGGCUUCCAACAGCACAAACACCUCAAUGUCAACAUCUGGCAAAUCAACAACCACUUUUGUACAGCCAACAACCCAACCCUACACUAAGCUAAGCCGUUCUGCACACCGAUGGUACCAGCAUGCACUCGACAGGCAUUAAGAACGUUUACCCAGCACCCUAAUUUGACAGCUAUGUCUAUAGGGCCUUGGUAACCAAUACAAUUUUAUUUGUGUAUGAAAUAUUGCAGCAGAGUUUUUAACGAGUUCUAUGUUAUUUAUUAUGCUUUAAACUUUCACACUGCUUAAGGUUCUGCACAGACUAUUUUCCACUGUGUAUUUGCAGCAACUACAGAUUUUACUAUAUAUAUAUAU